AUGCUUCAUCCGAUUUUGGAUCUUAGCAGUGUAAACGUCGUCCUUGCAUUGUCAGGAAUCUACAUUUUGGUCUUCGGUUUUAUUGCCGUGAAGAUCAAACAAAGAUGGUACCUCGGUGAAGCGUUACCCUCUUUUAUAGUGGGUGCUAUGAUAGGGCCGUUUUGUGCCAAAUUCAUCAACGUGAGUCAAUGGGGUGGAGACUCUGAAACAGAUGUCGGUGAAAUUGCCUAUGGCUUAAGUCGACUUGUGAUUGGUAUCGCGAUGGUGAAGGUUGGCUAUGAGCUACCGAAACGAUAUCUCCGACUUCGCCUUGUCGAGCUCACCAUCUGCUUGCUACCUUUGAUGACCAUUCAAUGGUUGAUCACAUCGGCGUGUAUCAAGCUCAUGAUCCCUCAGUUGAGUUUUUUGACUUCGCUCAUCAUCGGAUCUUGUGUGAUAUGUAUCGACCCAGUCCUCUCGCAGGCCAUCGCAAAAGGCCCGUUUGCAGACCAAUACGUCCGAAGAUACCUUCGAGAAUUUAUCUCGGCGGAAGCAGGCGGAAAUGAUGGCUUCGGGUUUCCGUUUCUUCUACUAUCGAUCGCUCUUCUUCGCUAUACCGACACACCACCGGGUGCAAUGAAUUCGAUAAAAACCGACCCCACAACACAAAAGCGUGAUUGGAUUGGCGAACCUGAUACUGGUAGGCUUGGUGGUGAUGUCAAUCGCGCUUUGGCUCAUUGGGCCGUUGAAGGCGUCUUAUACAUGUUGGUCAUGGGCGCUGGAUAUGGCAUACUUGUUGGAUUUUUGAGUCGGAAAGCGUUGAACGUGGCCUCAAAAAGACGUUGGGUUGACAAGGAGAGCUUCGUUCUAUACCCCGUUGCUAUUGGACUUUUCAUUGUUGGAACCUGUGGCUGCUUUGGGUCCGAUGAAACCCUCGCCUGCUUCGUUGCCGGUUGCGCUUUGAAUUGGGACGGCUCGUACCAUUAUGAAGUAGAGGAACGGCAUGACUCUUUCAACUCCGCGAUUGAGAAUGUCCUGAAUAUUGGAACAUUUAUGUUUCUUGGUGUCAUUAUGCCCUGGGACCAAUUCCAUAUGCCCAGCCAGAAUGGGAUCACCAUCGCCCGGCUGGUCGGGUUGGGAUUCUUGAUUUUGAUAUUCCGUCGAAUUCCGGCGAUCCUGAUGGGAUAUCGAUUCAUGCCUAAAGUGUGUAAGGAUUGGAAAGAGGCGUUAUUCAUGGGGUAUUUUGGGCCGAUUGGAAUUGGAGCGAUAUCAUAUGUGGAGUAUGCACGCAGACUAUUACCUGACCCAGGAGAAAGCGAUGCCGAGAUUAAUACUCUAACAUCGACUAUGAUUCCCGUGGUUUACUGGCUCGUUUUCUUCUCCAUCGUUAUCCACGGACUAUCAAUACCAGUACUGAACUGUCUCUACAAAUGGUUCAGGGUUCCCACUAUUAAAGACCACCCAGUAGAGAUCAUCCUCCUCUCAGAGAACGAACCAGUGCCUAACAAUAGUGUGGUCGAUCGCCAAGGGCACUCGAUUGUGCUCAACAACCGCUUUUCUUGUGCUUCCGGCCACCAACCUCAUUCAGAUGAUGGUAAUAAUCAAGAGCCAGAUACUAUCAUGCUGCGCCGCAGUGGAGAUACAAGUUAUACGGGCUCCCUGGGACGAGAAUCGACCAAGGCGUCUUCGCGGGAGCUUGAGCGGACUAUAUCCUCAAGAAAUGUUGUCUAG